AGAGGUUACUUGGACAUGAACACCAUAGCAACAUAAGUCUGUCAGAACUAGCCUGUUCUGACAGCAUAAGUCGGACUCUUGCCCUCUUCUAUAUUGAGCAACGUGUGUUAUUUAGUGCACGCGCCUGGUAGCGGGGCUGUCUGCCACGUCUCUGCCGAGUGAAUGAGCGACAGCGACGCUGCUGCAGGGCGGAAAAAGCCGAACGUCCCGCUUGGCUGCUGCGAAGGUCUGAACAACGUGGACUACUCCAAGAUGGACCUAAUACCGAUAGAGGAAUUCAUAAGACACAUUAACUUUCGUGACUCCAGCUUUUGCAUAGCCGUGAUUGCCAUCAUAUUCAACCCUCUCUUCUGGAAUGUGGUGGCACGAUGGGAGCAUCGUACACGGGGACUCUCCAGGCUCUUUGGUAGCCCCUACCUGGCCUGUUGCAGUUUGGGACUUGUCAUCAUUCUGCUCAAUGUUUUACGAAGUCACAGUAUGACAGUUGUGAUGAAGACCCAGGCCAGGUGGGAGCCGAUGGAGCGGACAGAGGUUUUCUACUUUGGGAUCUCUCUUAUGGUGCUGGGAACUCUACUGGUGGUCAGCAGUUUUCUCGCUCUGGGCUUCACUGGAACUUUUUUAGGAGACUACUUUGGCAUACUGAUGGAUGAGAAGGUGACUGGUUUUCCCUUCAACCUCACAGAGAACCCAAUGUACUGGGGCAGCACCGCCAACUACCUCGGCCUUGCACUCAUUGGUGCCAGUCCUGUUGGUUUAGUCCUCACUGCUGUGGUGGCGUUGGCUUACAAAGUGGCCAUAAGAUUUGAAGGACCAUUCACGGAGCAGAUCUAUCAGCAGAGGAAUCAGCGCCGCAAACAUCAGUGAUCGCACCCCUUCUCAGCUCGUGGUGCCGCUGAGGAUUCCCCCCCCGGCCACGUGGCGAGACAGACACCAGCUUCGGUCAUUAAUGGACUGUUUCUGUGGAAACAAAGGAAACUGUUUGCAGAUCCCACUUAAUUCUUUAAACGUAUCGGUACGCUUAACGCCAUUUGGUCAUGUGAUUCGGCAACACUUAACUGAAACAGGCUGUGCUAAAAACAUCAGGUUAAAGGAAUGGAGUUACCAUUUCGAUAUAGGACGACACAUUCCACGGUUUAUACAUUCCGUUAAAAAGUAUUAAUAAUCUUUAAAUUCUUUGACAUUUUGUUACAUUAAAACUACAAACUUCAACAUUUCUUACCGGGAUCUUGUUGGAUAGAUCGCCACAAAGUGUUGCAUGAUUGUCAAGUGAACUGCAUUGAUGUUUAUAUUGGGGAGUGAAGACAUUAGCAUGACUCUGUAUGGUCCACAGAGGUGAAAACUGAAGGUGUGGAAGAAGCUAUAUUAAGGCUUUUGUUGCCCUGAAAGUAGAAGUUGAAGUCUUAAAAGUUAGGGUCAUCCUAUAGUCUGAGAAAGUGGGUGUUUCAAACAGAAUGGACUGAGAGAAACCUGCACAUGCGUUGGAAGCCGGCGGCUGAAGGUUACUGUAACAUGAAGAUAUCUGCAGUCGGGUAAACUAAAGGCAACGUUAAUGUUUUUGGUUUCUGUCAGAUGUGUUAAGAGUUAUGUUGUACAUUUUACAGAAAGAAAUCUGAGAGCACCCAACUGCAAGUGCUGGACUUGUCUUCAUAAUGGCGAUCUUCACAGCAAGACUGGAACCACUUAAACUAUCCAAAAUGGUGACCUCUGUUCUAUAAAGCAUUCUGCACUAAAUCUAAAUCCACAACUUGACUAAGAAGAUCGGCAAAUUAAAACUCAGGAUGUUUCUGAGACAAUUUUGGUGAAAGUCAUUGAUUUAAGUCUACGGCACCCUCUAGAGUGGAGGACAUCCCUGGUAAAGAUCUGUAAAAAAAAAAAUAAUAAAAAAAAUUACGCUGCGGGAGGGGGAGAUAAACUUAGAUCCAAAUUUGCCAUUGUUUGCUAGGUUGGAACUGAAACUUAAAGCUUUUUAACUAUUGCUCAGACUGUAAAUGUGGGCAAGUUUAGAAAAGGAUCCAUUUUCUCGUAGCUAUUUCCUGACUAGCGAUGCUCAUGGUCUCUUGUAUUUCCCAUGUUGACUAGUAGCUAAGAGUGAUGGGCCUCUGUAUCAUGUCAUCCAGACUUAAUUCUAAUUAAAGAUUACAUGUUCUGAUCCAAAAUAUAGUAUAAAUAAUGCAUGCUUCACUUACAUUUAUUUAUCAGAACUGUUAGUGGUGCAAUAACAGCAGGAGUGGUGAUGUGAUGAAAGCCAAUUAUUCCUUCCCAUUGAAUUAAUAAACAUUCACAUUCACAAAGGUUGGGUUUUUCAAAAUCAUUUAGUUUCAGGUUAUUGUGCUCUAUUAAAGAUUACUUUUAUUUGAA